UAGAACUACGUCGAAGAUACGUUCGCCAGUUCGCUUGCACCAGCCAUCCAACCAGUCUCCCUAGCCAAGCCAGUGUUUACUAGCGAGGAAGGUAAACAGCUGUUGUUUGGGUGUAAACCGACUCCGUACGAGCGUUGCGUUGAAAUAUCACGUAGAGGACGAAGUGUAAAAAAAAGCGUGUUUCACAGUUCGGUUUUGCUCUCGCGAGCUUGGUGUUUUUAUUAAUUUUUUGGAAUAAAGCUAUAUAUUUAGCGAGGCGAAAACGCCUAAUAUGCGUGCAAACUGAAUUCACACAGAUCCUAUUGUGAUUCGCGGGCAUCUAAGUUGGAACACAAAGUCAAUAUGGUUAGAAGGUCGGAUGGCACCGACUCCCCGCUGCUGGAAGACCACGACGACGCCUCCAGCCCCGCCGACAAGACCAAGCAGCCGCUCGCCAAGUACGGCGAGCUCGUCAUCCUGGGGUACAAUGGCUUCCUGCCGCCCGGAGACCGCGGCCGCAAGAGGAGCAAGUUCGUGCUGCACAAGCGGCCCGUCGCGAACGGCGUCAAGCCGUCCAAGCGAUACGUGGUGGAGCAGCCGCACUCCUCUCAGGCCAUACUGGACUCGAAGCAGCACUCCAUCUCGUACACGCUGACAAGAAACCAGGCCAUUAUCGUCGAGUACCAGAAGGACGAGAACACUGACAUGUUCCAGAUCGGCCGCUCGUCCGACUCCCCCAUCGACUUCGUGGUGAUGGACACGAUCCCCGGCGACAAGACGAAGGAGAGCAAGGUGCUGCAGAGCACCAUCUCGAGGUUCGCGUGCCGCAUCAUCGCCGACCGCAAGAACCCGCGCGUGGCGCGCAUCUACGCCGCGGGCUUCGACAACGCCUGCAACAUCUUCCUGGGGGAGAAGGCGACCAAGUGGCAGGAGCUGCGCGAGGUGGACGGCCUCACGACGAACGGGGUGCUCAUCCUGCACCCCAAGGGCUCGUUCGUGGGCGGCGAGGCCAAGCCGGGCCUGUGGCGCGAGGUGUCUGUCGGCGGCGGCGUGUUCACGCUGCGCGAGUCGCGCUCCGCCCAGCAGAAGGGCAACGUGGUGGAGGACGAGACGAACGUGUUGCAGGACGGUACCCUCGUCGACCUGUGCGGCGCGACGCUGCUGUGGCGGUCCGCCGAGGGACUCGCCAAGUCGCCGACGAAGCAGCAGCUGGAGCGGCUGGUGGACGAGCUGAACGCCGGCCGGCCGCAGUGCCCCGUGGGGCUCAACACGCUGGUCAUCCCGCGCAAGAUCACCAUGAAUGGCCAGCAGCAGCCGUACGUGUACCUGACGUGUGGGCACGUGCAGGGCCACCACAACUGGGGCCGCGAGUCGGGCGCCCGCAAGUGCCCCCUCUGCAGCGAGAUUGGUCCUGUGGUGAGCGUCUGCAUGGGGAUUGAGCCUGCGUUCUACGUUGAUGCGGGCCCUCCAACAUUCGCAUUCAACCCGUGUGGACACAUGGCUUCGGAGAAAACUGUCAAGUACUGGUCCAACGUGCCGAUCCCGCACGGAACCAACGGGUUUGAUGCCGUGUGCCCGUUCUGUGCCACGCCCCUGGAGGGGUCCCCUGGCUACGUGCGCCUCAUCUUCCAGGACAACGUGGACUGAGCACCCGUGCGCACGUGUACAUAUUCUGUACAGUUUUAUAUACAACCACUGGCGAGAUGUGUCGUGUCGUGUCGUGUCGUGUCAUUCCCUGUUUGAAGUGCAGCCGUGGCCCCAUCAAGAUCUCAUUUCAUUUUUACCUUCAUUGCUGAUCAAAGAAUUCUGCACCUCAUGUUUAAUAUUUAUUUUGCGAGUGGCUUUGUACAGACGACACUUAUAAGUAUGUAUUGUAUUUCAAAGUUUUGAAUUCGUUGAGGUGUAUAUUUUAGUGCUGCUUUUAAUUUGAAAUGCCGUAAAAGAGAAACUAUAAAUUGUGAGUGUAAAGUGAAGUUAAGGUAGUUUCCUGGUAAGGUAGCACGUGCAGAACGGCACUGCAGUAGAACUGUGCGUGAUUGCAGCAGAGUAGGCAUGCUAUCUCGAAAAAAACUUUCAUAGUGGACCUAGUAUGAAUGUUGGUGCGAUGUAGGUUUAUUUUUGAAGUGAUGAAAACGCUUGGGGAAAGCGUAGUAUUGAAAAAAACAAAGACUGUAAUAUGAAUGAUUUUGAUUAAUGUUUUUGAUGAAAUGCUCCAUGUAACAGUUUACAAAUCUAUGAAACUUACAGGAAGUUAUGUAAAUUUCUUCUGUGUGAGGCCAGCUGGAAUUUUGAUGUUUAUUUUAUGUGAGAUUACAUUUAAUAAUUUGUUUCAAAGUGUACCUAAGUUUAAUUUUAUUGUGUAAAAAACUUUUGCUGUAUUAAAAUAGUUUUUUUUAUUUGAAAGUGUAAAUAGAGUAAUGGAUACCAAAUAUAUCAUUCUUCAAGAUGGUCAACAGCAGGUAAAAAUAAAUAGAUUAUUCAUAAAAA